AUGAACCCAUGGGGUUAUCAGUGCUUAAUGCCUUCCAGCGGCGACAGUAUGACGCAGUUCGUUUUCCAAAAGUUUACAGCAGACGUGGCCGAUGACCCAUUUGUCCCAACAGGACUCAUAGCUCAAUUUACCUUGGAAAGACAGCAGGACCAGAACGUUCUUGAUUCACAGGCACCACCUCCACCACCACCAUUACACCAAUCCUUUUUCCCCGGCGACGUUUUACACCACAAUCUAGGCAGAUAUCCGAGACACGAUGACUCUGGUUACGGCGGUAGUCGUGUAUCUCACACUGUAACAAGUCCUUCUAUCGAUGCUGGACAAGAAGGCAGUUGGUCUCAGUUACAAUGCGAGUUGUGCGAUGAUUUCAGGGCCAAGAAUAAAUCAGAAUUAAAGUACUGUUAUGCCAAAGAAGAAAAGACCCAAAUAAUUAAAAUAUGGUUACCUUUCAACAGCACUAACAGGAUAGUUAGGAAACACAUGCAUCGCCAUACAAAACCCCAUAAAUGCACCGUCCCGGCAUGUCCCAAAGGGUUUGCGACGGCGAAUGACCUCGACAGACACAAGAGAACUGUUCACCGGGAUGAAUGCGCCAGCGAGAGCAAUUCAAUUGUGUACAAAUGUACGCAUUGUUUAACCGAACCUGGCAAGCAAAACAGACGGAAGAAGCAAGAAUGGCCAAGAAAGGAUAACUUCAUCGCACAUCUUGCGAGGAUUCAUGGUAUCAACGCCUCUCAUGCGGAUAGUCUGGAUCAAUAUAUUGAUCGAAACCAGUCACAGCUUCUGAAUUUGACUGAUAUUGCACGAAGUAGCAACACGGACGCGGCGCAACGAAACGACCUGACGGGGGUGGGCACUCUCCCAGACCUGAUCGCUCCUCAAACAGAGGAUGCAUAUGUAAAGCAACUUGCAAGUUUGACAGGAGGCCAAGCCAAUGCUCUCACAGAGCAACGUCUAAGGAAAUUCUGGCAGAACAACUCUGCGCACUUGGAGAAGAACAACAUGUUUGAGUCCUCUGAAGAACCCCAAUGCAUCAGCCCGCACAUGCUGGGACGAGGAUUUCCCGAAGGUUUAUUCGGCUUUUCAUGUGAGACUGCACAAAACAGGCCUCUUGAUUUUGAACUUUCGAGCAAUCACGUCAUGUCAGAUUCUCUGCUGCAAACUGACGACAACGUCGCAAAAUUGCAAUACCCAGGCAUUGCAACCAAUGGCAAAGAAGCCACUGGCUCUGGUGUGGGUAAUGACGAAACUGACGUACGCAAUUUCAAUCACUUUGGACAUCCAAGUGCUCCCGAAGCAAUUGUGCCAAAGCCCCCUGAGCCAGCAGUGCCAUAUUCGCAAUCUGAUCAUGGAAUAGCUCACUGUGAUUUGAUGGACGUUGUUAAGAAGUUGGAGCUCGAGAAGCCGACAUAUCCACCGUCCAGUCUUGCAGAACACGUAAAAAUACUGCCCCAAGAGGCUCGGGAUGCCCUCGUGGCUGCUCUCCGAGGUUCCGGCCUGGGUGACGAUGAGCAGGGCAUGGUUGACAUCGAUACGGCAAAGGGUCAAAAGGCAUGUCACAUGUGUCGGAAAAGGUUCAAGCGGCCCUGUGAACUGACCAAGCACAUGAAAAGACAUUCAAAGCCGUACGGAUGCACCUGGAGGGGAUGUUCCAAGACAUUUGGCAGCAAGAACGACUGGAAGCGACACGAAAGCAAACAGCAUUAUCAUGUAGAGACGUGGGUAUGCGAUUUGGAAUAUUGCCCAAAGAGGCGUUGGAAUCGUCGCGAUACAUUCAAGGCGCAUCUUGUUGAAGAACACAUGUUCGACGGGCUGGAAGCGAUAGAAAGCAAGGUAGAACAGUGUCGUCGUGGCGCCAAUGGCGACACAAAAUUUUGGUGCGGCUUCUGCGUGAAGUAUAUCGAUGCGGCACCACCAACGGCAUGGACCGCGAAGUUUGACCACAUCGACAACCACUUUUGUGGCAAAGACAGCAUGGAGCAGAAGAGCAUCGACGAAUGGACACAUGAUGAGCUCGAAAUCGGGGAGAACAUAGAACAGGCGUCAAACGGCGCAACGAAGAGCGCCCCCGUUGCCUUUCAAGGUUUUCCGUUGGACACGACCGGGGUUCGCAAGAGGAAGGCGAAGUCAAUAGACGUCGAGUCGCAACCACUUGAAAAGAAACAUGAUCAAGGCCUCAGGUUGGCCGAAAUGUGGUAUUGUUGCGUUUGCACUGCCUUCUUGAAUAUCAGGACUUCGCCAAGUUGUAUUACCUGCGAACAUGUCCGCUGCGACUUUUGCCACGUUUCACGGGAAGUCCUUGAGAACGAAGAAGAUGCAAUGAGCUAUCAGUUCAACGACAUGGAGCUCUUGGCGAGUGAAAUGUAG